AGCCCUGCCGGUUACUUUCCCUACAUCAGGCUUAAUGGGUUAAAAGCACCGAGCUCUCCUGCCUAGAGAACCCGCAGCCAAAGCGGAGACAUUAUUAAUAAUAUUGUUGUUAUUAUUGUUUUUUAAAAAGUUCCAUAGAAUUCCUCUUCCUGUCCCGCCCCCUUGGUUGAGUAUCUUUUUGAGUCGUUCCGAAGUUUGGAAUUAUUAUUAUUUUUUGCAAUUUUGCCGCGGCUGCAAAGGAGUCAGCGCCUUUUGGGAGCGGAGCUGGAUUCGGAAACCAAAAUGGAGGAACAGGAACCUGCAGGACCCGAACCACAGGAGACUUUGGAGGGGGGAGCCCGAGACCUUCACGUCGUUCAGGUCGGGGCCACCGGGGAGUUGAUGGAAGGGGCCACGCCUCAGCAGUUUAAAAGGGAGCCGGAGGACCAUUGUUGGGAGUCCCAGCUGCAGGACUUCUUGAAGGCGAUGCAGCCCUCCCGUUCGGGAUGGAGGAACCCCCAACCACCCCAGUAUUCACUAGGAGAAGACACCAAGUAUUUCCAGACCUCCUUCAAGGGAGGGGCUGAAGGUGGCCGGUGGCCUAAGGUCGAGUGCAUGGACCAGAGCCCCCCGGGCCUCAGUGGAGACACCAGCAAGGCCUACGAGAGCAGCCGAGAGUCACCGGUGAAAGUGAAGGAGGAGGUUCUGGACGAGGAUCUGGUCAACGUCGAGAUGAGGCGGCAGCGCUUCCGCCUCUUCUGCUAUGAGGAGGCCGAGGGGCCCCGAGAGGUUUGCAACAAGCUCUGGGAACUUUGCCACCAGUGGCUGCGGCCGGAGACUCACAGCAAGGAGCAGAUCCUGGAAUUCCUGAUCUUGGAGCAGUUUCUGACUGUCCUGCCUCCGGAAAUGCAGAGCUGGGUCAGGGACCAGGGCCCCGAGACUUGCACCCGAGCCGUAGCCCUGGCAGAGCGGUACCUGCAAGAGUCCGAGGAACCUGAACAUAAGCUGUCAGGCUCCUUGGAGAAGCCAUUUAACUCUCCCAUGUCAGAUCAUUCGCCAGCUGCUGUCCUGAAGAUGCAGCUCCCCUUGGAGGAAAAGCAGGAGGAUGACUGGGAGGCCACCUUGUCUGGCAAUGAGCAAGUGCAAGAUGAUGACGAGGAGGAGUCAUCCUUUCAGGCCGACCGGCCUGAUCAAGUGGGUAUUGGUGGAGCAUCGCUGGAAAGAGCCAAAGGGAAAGGGUUCCAGGGCCUUGAGAUGGACGGGAAGACUGAAAGUCGCCAGGGGCCAGAAGGUCUCCUGGAAAGCCCUCCUGGGAAGGCCGCCAAGCUUUCUGAGGAAGGUGAGAGGGGCUUACGCGAAGGUUCCUCCCAGGAGGGAACCCACAGGCACGCUGACUCGGGGGAAAGCUCCUGCCAGAGCUUUGGCCAUCAGGAAAUGCAGCCGAUUGAAAAGCCCCACAAAUGCUCCUUUUGCGGGGCGAGCUUCUACGAGAGAACCCACCUGGUGAUCCACGAGAGGAUCCACACCGGGGAGAAGCCCUACAAGUGCUCGGUGUGCGAGACCUGGUUCUCGCACCCCUCUGAGCUCAUGAGGCACGAGGAGACCCACAUGCCCGAGAAGCCUCACAAGUGCGCGGUCUGCGGGAAGAGCUUCAACCAGAAAGCCUCCCUGAUCACCCACGAGAGGACCCACACGGGAGAGAAGCCGUACGAGUGCUCCGAGUGCGGGAAGAGCUUCAGCACCAGCUCCCAGCUCAUCACGCACAAGAGGGUCCACACGGGAGAGAAGCCCUACAGCUGCUCGUACUGCGGCAAGAACUUUAACCAGAAAGCCUCCCUCAUCACCCACAAGCGGACCCACACGGGAGAGAAGCCCUACGAGUGCACGCUGUGUGGGAAGAGCUUCAGCGCCUGCUCGCAGAUCAUCAACCACAUCCGGGUGCACACCGGAGAGAAGCCCUACGAGUGCUUGGAGUGCGGGAAGCGCUUCGGGAGCAGCUCCCACCUCACCGACCACAAGAGGACCCACACGGGCGAGAAGCCGUACAAGUGCCCUGACUGCGGCAAGAACUUCAGCCGGAGCUCCAACCUGACGGCGCACAGCCGGAUCCACACGGGAGAGAAGCCAUAUAUAUGCUCAGGGUGCGGCAAGAGCUUCCGGCAGAAAGCCUCCCUCAUCACACACAAGAGAACCCACACGGGAGAGAAGCCUUUCGAGUGCUCCGAGUGCGGCAAGAGCUUCAUCUCGAGCUCUCGGCUCGUCAGCCAUAAGCGGGUACACACGGGGGAGAAGCCCUACGAGUGCUUGGAGUGCGGGAAGUGCUUCAUUUCCAGCUCCCACCUCCUAAGUCACAAGAGGGUCCACACGGGAGAGGAGCCAUAUAAAUGCGCAUAGAGCGGGGAGAAGCUUUGGUCACUAGGCUGGCCCUCCUGAUGGGGCCACUUCACCCAUCGCCCCGGCCAGGAAUCUUGUAAAUCAGGGAUGGCCUUAGCUUCUGUAAUCUCGAGGGCCGUUUUUAUUCUCUACACCUAACAUUAAGGCGCGGAAUCUCUCUUACAAUUUAGAAAGAAGACACGUAUAUUUUUUCUCUCCAUAGGUAUAAAUUUCCUCCAAAGGCUGGUCAUUCAUCCUGGCUGUUAAGGCUUGCUGGUGUGAUGGGCAUCAACAUGGCUAGGCCUGUGGUUUGUGCAGAUCUCCCAGCCUCCAGCCCAUGAGGAGUGCGCAAGCGUGGCACAUGUGCAUGCUGCAUUCCCCACCUCCAUCCCCCAUGCAUAAGGGGAGAUGCGCACAUUCGGCUGGAGGGACCCAUGGUCUGACUUGGCACAAAGUCAGCUUUCUUCUUAUUGUGCCUGCCUCCUGCCUGUGAUCCCCAGCUGGCAAACUCUGCGGACCAUCCCUGAGGUCAAGGGAAGGGCCGUGGCUCACUGGUAGUACACAAGCUAUGCAUGUGCAAGGUUCCGGACUCAGUCCCCACAGCCUCCAGCUAGGGCUGGGAGAAUCCUGUGCCUGGAACCAUAGAGAGCUGCUCACGGUCAGUGUAGAAAGUUCUGAGCCAGAGGGACCUGCGGGUUGACUGUAUAAGGUAACUUCCUGUGUUCUGGUGACUCUCUUUGGGUCAGGGAUGGGGCCCUCUGCCUGGUGCUGAACUGCAGGUCCCAUCACCCUUCUCUGCUGGCCAUGUCAGCCAGGGCCAAUGGGAGUUGGGAGUCAACAACAUCUGGAAGUUCCCUAUCGCUGCCGCAGAGAAUAGCCAAGGUGGAGGGUGGGCGCGGUUUGGCAUGGAGAUGAGCAA